AUAUAAAUAGUUCCAGCGUUUCUUGGUUCAAUUAAUACAGAAUCGCAACACGAUAACAAAGCAAAACACAGUUAAGCAAACAUUUGAACCCAUUAAACGCUGAAAACGCCAAUGAAGUCCCUCGUACCAAGUCGUUCGACGCAAAAAGAACGAAAAAAAGACAAUUGAAUUUUGACGAUCCUUGCGAUACUGAUUCAUCACAAAUCAGUGAGAUUAUAAAUCGACAGGAAAUUGAAUAAGCCAGGAAUUCCACAAAAGAUGAGUGCGGCAAAGUGGUUGUUCGUGGGAUGCGUGUUUGUGUAUCGCGUUAUCGGCAUUAGAUCUCAGGAUUCCGACUCCAAAAUCAUCAACUACAGCAAUUACCUUGACCAACAAGGCUACAAUUUCAGAUAUGAAACCAGUAACGGAAUCACCCACAAUGAACGAGGUAUUGUAGGCGACAACACAAUCACAGUGAAAGGAGAAUAUAGCUACCAAAUUGAUGAAAAUACUAUUAUAACUGUCAGCUAUAUUGCUGACGAAAAUGGGUACAGGCCCAUUAUCAGAUAUAGCGACGCUCAAAGACCGAGAAACGCAAUUACGGGCAUUAUUUUAAAACCUAGAAUCAGCACUAGCGCUCUAGCUUCAUUGACUGGAGGUGGCUUGGGUUAAACCU